AAUUAUAACCAUCCCUUUCAAAUCUCUGGCUGAUUCUUCACACGAAAAAUGCGGAACAUAUUCUUGAAAAAAAUUCAUAUCUGCUUCACAAAGCAGAAAUCAGAGCCUCAGUCUCCGAUCAGACCACCAUCACCUACUAAACAAGACAUCGCCAUUUCACCAAACUUCAUUGAUACCGGAAACUACUCGGAAUCCGACGCCGAUUUGCAGCCUGAUUUGGCCGCAGCAUUCGCUUCCCAACGAUUUUUCUUCUCUUCUCCAGGCCGUUCCAACUCCAUCAUCGAGUCACUUAAGACGACACCACCACCGCCACCAGCAUUGUUGGAUGGUACGGUUGCGAUCAAGAAAUACUCGCGGGAUCCAUACAAAGAUUUCACGUUUUCGAUGAGAGAAAUGAUCAAAGCAAGAAAUAUAAGUGACGUAAAGAAAGAUUGGGAGUUCCUCCAUGAACUUCUCAUUUGUUACCUUAGUUUAAACCCUAAAAAUACCCAUGACAUUAUCAUUAGAGUUUUUGCUGAUAUUGUUGUUCGCUUACUUUCAUCAUCUUUGUCUAACCCUAGAAUCUGAAAGCCGCCGCCAUUGCUGAUACUCUCUUUUCUCUUUCAAGUUUUUGGCAAAAAAAUGGUACCAUUGGUUGUUGUUUUUACUUUUAGGAUUUAUUUUCUUGGGAAUUAACAUAUUU